AUGGCACCCACCAUCCUCUUCGUCCCGGGUUUCUGGGAGGGGCCCAGAGUCUUCACUCCCGUAUGCGAUCUCCUGCAGGCUGAUGGUUUCAAGACGGAAAUUUGCACAUUACCCAGCACGGGCAGCACCUCGCCCGGAAACCCGGCUAUGACCGAUGAUAUAGCCGCCGUGCGCGACCAUCUGACGAGCAUCGUGCACCGCGGAGAAGAGGUCAUUCUCGUAUUGCAUUCGGCCGGUGGGUUUUUAGGCAGCGCUGCCAUGGAAGGCCUGAGCAAGUCGGCUGUCGGACAAGGGGGAGUCGUUAAGAUUGUCUUCUUGGCUGCGGCGGUUUUCCCGGAAGGUCAUGAACACGAGGAUUUGCCAUUUGCUGUUGUUGAGGGAGGUGCGAUGUACUGCGUCAAUCCUGAGGUGCUGCUUCUCAACGACAUUACUGAGCCAGAGAAGACAAAGUGGCUGGCUAUGCUUGCCCCUCAGCCGGCUGAUGAUUGGAAUGGCAGGGUGCCCUACGCUGGGUGGAGGGAUGUGCCCAGCGUGUACCUUGUCUGUGAGGGUGAUAAUGCUCUUCCAGCGGACCUCCAAGAGCAACUAGCUAAUCUGGCGGGGAGCCAGAUCGAGCGGUGCAGUGCUGGCCACAUGCCUCAGCUCAGUCAGCCAUCGCGGGUGGCAGAGGUUAUACGUGCAGCAGCAGCAAUCAUUUGA